AUGGUGGAACUUAGUGGUUCAGGAGCUUUCCUUGGUGACGAGCGGAGGAGUACCAAGGCCCAAAGCAAGAGUCUCAUCUACAAGCGGAUGACAUUCAACGAGGAGGUGAUACUAAGCCAGAGCAGAACUAUUGUAGACAGGGAGGUGUUGUCCGGUACAAAUCCCGAUGCGACGCACGUCGUAGUAGGUAUUGAUUGGGGGGCUCAGUGUACAAUCACUUGUGAGUAUGAGAAUGAUGAAAAUUAUGAUGAUUCGGAUGUUACCGAAGAAAUGAGUGUUGAGCUCGAAAAUCUGAAGGACAUCCUAAAUACAAAGGGAGGGGUAAACGUUCAAGUUGACGCUAAGAAAACAGAUGAGAGGAGUAGAUUUUCUUACAAAUAUAGGGCUGACAUUUUAACUACAGAGGAAUAUUUCUCUGUCACAUAUGAAGGAGCGAAUCAGAUUGCUAGAUCUUUACCUAAACUUGUAAAGAAGACUAAUGAUGGUAAAGGGGUUCCUCUCAGAUACUAUCUCAUGUCUCUGGAAACCGCAAGAGGAAAGUUAAGAGUCGUUGCACCCGAAGACAUAUUAUACAAGGAAGUUGAUGAAUGUAACGGACAGAAAGCUUUGCAGUUUUUGGAAGAGCUGAAAGAGAACCGCCGAAAGGUGUAUGACAUAUACCACGAAAUGAAUCUUAACAGUGCAUUCAUUACCGAUGAAGCCCUUACAAGAAUUGAAGGGGUCUGGGAGGAGGUCUCUGUACGAAUAUCCAGUUUCAAAACCGGUCUCCUGGAAAUAGUUAAAAAGGUCAGAUCAAGGGAAGAUAACAUUUGUGUCCUGGAAGAGUUUGUGAGUACGAUGAACUCUGAAGAGGUGUCUGCUUCAAAGUACGAGGAGGAAUUCGAACCAUACCUGCAGAAAGUCAGAUUUAUAAGGUCAAUGAUAAGCAAGGGAGUCAAGUACAUCGGUAAGAACGAUGAGCUGGUAAAAGAUGCUAAGGAAAACACCUAUGUCUUCUGUAUCCCAAGUGGUAGCGAUGAGGAAGCUGUGGAGAAAAAUCAUGACUUUCUCCUGCGACUUUUGUCUACAUUCUCAGAAGACGACAUGAGUGAAUUCAUUGCGGUAGACCAAGAGAUUGUAUCUACCCAUGUAUGGCCGGAUAAAGUGAAAAGGCCAACCAUCGAGAAAUACGUAGACGGCAUACGUACAUCUGAGGAUCUCUAUGAGGAAGAGGGUAAAAACCUUGAGGAGUGCAUGAUCCAAGCCCAUCGCUUCCUCCGAACGUCCGCCCCAAGGAAACCGGCAUUGGUGAAGCUUAGAUGCCCGAACGCUAUUGCGGGGACUGGACGUUGUACUGGUGACCCGUCCAAAUGGAAAUGUUCGAAAUGUGGGCAUUUAGUCGAUUAUGGUUCACAUACCAAGAUGUUUUACUGCCCAUGUGGAGCAUCGAAUCCUAAGGAUUCUAGGUUUAGAUGUAAUGAUCCGCAACAUGGCUUGAAGUUUACGAAGUAUCCAAAGGACCUCCUAUGGGACGACCUUUCCCAGCUGAAGCCAAUGAAAGAAGUCAACAUUCUCAUCCUGGGUGAGACAGGUGUUGGAAAAUCAACGUGGAUCAAUGGGAUUCAGAACUAUCUGUCAUUCGCCAAUUUAUCCGAGGCAAUGGAUUCUCAAGACUUCCCUGUCUUGAUUCCAGCAUCUUUCACCUUAACACAGGACGGUGUACAAAAGAAAAUCAAAAUAGGGACAGAUGAUCCCAAUGAGGUCCAGGAAACUGGGAAAUCAGCCACGAAGGAACCGCGUUCAUAUGUCUUCACCGUUGGUGACGUAAGAUUGUGUUUGAUUGACACACCUGGAAUAGGUGAUUGUGGUGGAAUCGAACAGGACGAAAUCAAUAUGCAAAACAUUUUAUCCCAUCUCACGCACUACCCUGAGAUUCAUGCAAUAUGCAUACUCCUGAAGCCGAACAAUGCGCGGCUCACUGUCAUGUUCCGAUUCUGCAUCCAGGAACUGCUCGUCCAAUUGCACAAUUCUGCCAAGAACAACAUCGUGUUCUGUUUCACGAACGCCAGACAGACUUUCUACCAGCCUGGUGAUACGCUACCGGCUCUUAAUGAAGAGCUAGCCAAGAAGAAAGUAGGAAUUCAAGCUACGAAGGAUACGUACUUCUGUUUUGAUAACGAACCUUUUCGUUUUCUAGCAUGUAUAAAGAAUGGUGUCACAUUCGGCGACGGGGAAAUAGCCACCUACUCGUCCAGCUGGGACAAGUCUGUCGAGGAAACGCAACGUCUUCUAACGUACAUUGAAUGUCAUUUGAAGCCGCACAAAGUUAAGGAGAGCCUUGGCAUGAAUGAGACUAGAAGAAUCAUCGUUGCCAUGAGCAAACCCUUAGCAGAAGUAGGCAACACAAUAAAUCACAAUCUUGAUGCAGCAAGAGAAACCAAAGCUAAAAUUAGUCAUGCAGAUACUGAAAUGAAUUCUUUGAGGAAAGAGUUGAAAUUCAAAGGAUAUGACCUAAAACGAAUGGAACUGGGCUAUCCCAGAACAGUAUGUGCCGCUCCUGAGUGUGUCAAGUACGUCCAUGUCGGCCAAUCAAAGGUACAGAAUACAGUCUACGACACAAUAUGCCACCAUCGCUGUCGGCUCAAGGGUGUCCCAGUCGAAACAACGAGUAACCCACAACUUGCUCGAUGUUGGGCCAUGGAAUCCGAAUACUGUAAGCACAGUAACUGUGAGCACAGUUACAAACAACAUAUGCACGUGACAUACGAAAUAAUGAUAACGGAAAGGGAUUUUUUAUCGAUCCAGAGUCAAGACCAAAUCAAUACCAUUCAAGACACAAAAUCAAAGAAGGAAGCAUUCAUUAAUGAAAUCAACAAGAAAGUUGAAGAAUUAAAAGCUGAACAAGAUAUCAUCAUGGCAACUGGAGCAAAGUUUGGAUCGUUCCUGAAGGCAAACGCUCUCAUUACAUACAACGACGCUGUAGAGGAAUACCUGGAAAUGUGCAUUAAGCAAGAGAAAGCAAAACCAGUCACCCUUCGAAAAGAAGGUGUGCUAGAGAACAUGACUAAAAUGAAAGAAGAAUACAAGAAACAGAGAGAGAUUCUUGACAACGCUAUCGCCGGGGGAGCCAGUGAAAAUAUCCAAACACCAGAACAAGUUCAAGAACUUCAAGAAGUGCUCUUUAGACUGAAACAUUUUGGGGGCACGCUGAGGAAAUUCUUCGACGAAAUUUCCCUCAUGCAUACAUCCAAGGACAUGUAUUUUGAAGAGGUCCAUGUGCCCCCUCCAAAGAAGGCUUAUCAACGGAAGAAGAAGGGUAAGAGGGAUAAUUGGGCUACAAACCUGAAAGAUAAAUUAAUCAAUUCGUUGCCUUGGAAAUAA